AAAUCACAUUCAUUGACAAAAAUAUAAAAUCUCAAAACUUUAAGAUCUCUUCAAAGUUUCGAUUUUUUUUGUUUUUGUUUCUAUUUGCUUAUAAUUGUUAAAACGUUACAGCGAUGUCAGGGUACCCUCCGACGAGCCAAGGUUACGGUUACGGAUACGGCGGCGGAAAUCAACCACCACCACCUCAACCUCCUUACUCAUCCGCCGGAAACAAUCCUCCUUACGGAUCAUCGACCUCCUCAGCUCCUUACGCAGUUCCCUACGGCGCUCCGUCGGCACCGAAACCAUCUUCGUCCUCUUCCGCGCCUCCGUACGGAUCUUCGCCUCAAUCUUCGUCAUACGGAGCUCCGUCAGCUCCGUACGCGCCUUCUGACUACAAUAAGCCGCCAAAGGAGAAACCUUACGGAGGCGGCUACGGAGCUCCUCCACCGCCUGGACCUUCUGAUUACGGGAGUUACGGUGCUGGGCCUCGUCCGUCUCCGCCUCCCGGUCACGGUGGAGGAUACGGAGCUACUCCACCGCCUGGGAUUUCUGAAUACGGGGGUUACGGUGGUCCACCUCGUCCAGCGUCGUCUGCUCACAGCGGCGGCGGAUAUGGAGGUUAUCCUCCCCAAGCCUCUUAUGGAAGUCCCUUUGCUUCUCUGAUUCCGUCAGGUUUUGCUCCGGGAACGGAUCCGAAUAUAGUGGCUUGCUUUCAAGCUGCGGAUCAGGAUGGUAGUGGCUUCAUUGAUGAUAAGGAGCUUCAAGGAGCUCUCUCCUCUUAUCAACAGAGAUUCAGUAUGAGAACUGUUCAUCUUCUUAUGUAUCUUUUCACCAACAGCAAUGCCAUGAAGAUCGGACCUAAAGAGUUUACCGCACUUUUCUACAGUCUUCAGAACUGGAGGUCUAUUUUUGAGAGGUCUGAUAAGGACAGAAGCGGCAGAAUAGAUGUGAAUGAGCUGAGAGAUGCGCUUUUGAGCCUUGGGUUUUCGGUUUCCCCGGUGAUUUUGGAUCUGCUGGUUUCCAAGUUUGACAAAAGCGGAGGCAAGAACAGGGCCAUCGAAUAUGACAAUUUCAUUGAGUGUUGUCUCACUGUUAAGGGGCUGACAGAGAAGUUCAAGGAGAAGGACACAGCCUACUCAGGCUCAGCUACUUUCUCCUACGAAACCUUCAUGCUCACCGUCCUUCCCUUCCUCAUCGCUUAAGUUUUUAUAAUGGUAACCUGUCUGUGCAUCCUGAGUUUUUAUUUUUGUAUGUUCUUCGUUGUUUGAAUGCUAUUGUGAAUGGAACUACAAGAAGCUUUUCCUGUGUACUUGGACGUAAGAGUUAAAAAUGUGAAAAUGUAAAGAUCUUGUGUUAUAAAAUAAUCAGACAACUCAUUAUGGUUGGAUAUUA